AUGCGCUGCAGGGUUCUGGUGUUGUGUGCCUUUAUUUGUCUCUUUGUCCUUUUGGUCGAGGGCAGGCAAAGAAAGGUUAGCAGAUCGGGAGCCAGAUCCGUGGCCGUUCAAAAUAGACAACGAAAUCAUCGCAGGACUAAUAAUAAUAAUAGUAAUGCCCGCCGGGGCAAUAGACUGUCUGCCAGAUCGAAUAAUCAAAAGAGACGACGAUUAAAUGCGGCCAAGAGAAACAAGAGGAGAAGCAGCUUGGCCAAGAAAUCCGAACGGAAGUCCACAUCGAGUGCCAGCAGUGGCUCCAGCUAUGCCACUAUACCCCUGGACUUUAAGCAGAACUUCGUACGGACCACCGACAAUCUGCGGGCGGACAAGGUCUUUGUGGCCCAUCGCUAUGGCGGCAGCUUCGCCAAGACUAAUGGCAGCGCUCGGUUGACCAACACGGGCAACAUGGAGUACACAUGCAAGAUGACCCUCGGCACACCCAAGCAGUCCUUCACAGUACUGCCCGACACCGGAAGCUCGAAUGUUUGGGUGCCGGGUCUGUAUUGUACCAGCAAGGCGUGCAGGACCCACAACCGAUAUCGGCCACGGAAGUCCAGCACCUUCAUAAAGGUGGGCAAAAAGUUCGCCAUAGAAUAUGGCUCGGGUGCUGUGCAAGGUGUCCUGGCCAAGGACAAGCUGGGAAUAGCUGGAUUAUCGAUUGCCAAUCAGACCUUCGCCAUAACCACCAACGAGCCAGGCUCCGCAUUCGUGGAUGCUCUUUUCGAUGGCAUUCUGGGUCUUGGCUAUGAGUCCAUUUCCGUGGACAAAGUCAAGACUCCGGUGCAGAAUAUGUGCUCGCAGGGUGUGAUCAGCACGUGCAAGUUCGCCAUUUGCAUGAGGGGUGGCGGCAGCUCAAGUCGCGGAGGAGUCAUCAUUUUCGGCAGCACGGAUACCAGUGCCUACACCGGAACGAAUAGCUAUACCUACACACCGGUGACCAAGAAGGGCUACUGGCAGUUCGCCCUGGAGGCCUUUUACGUGGGCAGCACCAAGGUCAGCGGCACCUCGCAGGCGAUCGUGGACUCUGGCACCUCGCUGAUUGCCGCUCCAUGUGCCAUCUAUCAUAAGAUUAACAAGAUCAUUGGCUGCACUGAGACCUCCAGCGGAGAGUGCUGGAUGAAGUGCUCGAAGGCGGUAAAGGCGUUCACCUUUGUCGUCAACGGUCAGAAGCUCGUCAUCCCGGGCGACAAGAUGAAGAUGCGAGUGCGGACUAAUAAGGGCAACAUCGUGUGCAUAUCGGUGGUGACCUGUAUGAAUACCAAUUUCUGGAUUCUGGGCGAUCCCUUCAUGAGGAACUACUGCACGGUGUUUGACAUGGCCAACAAUAAGAUCGGAUUUGCCAGCUCCACCUAA